AUGCGGACUGGGCAAACAGUCCAGCCUGGCCGCUCUUGCUCAAAUCGAGCAGCUUCCAUCAGAACUAGGGUCAAUUUGUAUUUCUCAAGAGCUUUCUAACAUCAAGGACAUACUUGGAAAAUAAGGAAAAUUGUACUAGGUGAAUAAUUGACGAACCGUUCUACACUUGAUAGAAACUUGUUUUCGUGCUUCUGAAUUUGACGUUCGCUACACUUUCAACAUUGCAUCAGCCAACUGAAGGACAAAGACUCCGUCAUGCGCUAGUUUAUGUACACAGGUUGGGCUUCAAGCAGAAACAAAACACACAAAAAAAGUGAUAAAGGAUAAAUGAUAAUGUGUGGGGUUUUCGAUUUCGAAGCAUCAAAAUCUGGCGUAAAGAGGGAAUUAUACGGUUGAGAAGUUCGAAGUCUGACUCAGUAACAACAAACAAGAAACGGAAGGAAAAAACCAAAUAAUAAAAAACAAGAAUUUUCCAACGUUCUUCCGCCUACUGUGAACUUCGCUCGGUUAAAGUUUUCAAAUUUUUUCAAAAACUUUUGAUGCAUCUUCCUGAAGAAGCUUCAAGAGAAUGUACACAAACACUAGACAUUAUCGCCUUGCUCAAAGUAGUUAGCGAAACUCUGAAUGAUCCUCACAGAAUGAGCGCUACUUUUCGGAAAGUCAGAGUUAAUUGUGUUUUAUGAAAUUACUACGAAGACGACAUAAAACUGUCAAUUACUUGCUACAAAUACAAAAACUGAUUACCAAAAACGCUUGUAAAAUAAUUUAUAUAUCUCAAAAACCCAUUUUGAAACUUAAACGACGCAACUUCGCACCCGUUACGCGUACCUACGCGCAAAAAAAAAGCAAUCGUCGCAUCAUAAUUUUUUCCUUCAUUGCUUUCUUUCUUUAAACCGGAAUUUUUUUGCAGAAAAUAAUCUUCAUUUAGUCCUUCGGAGAGUGUUUCUUCCUAUUCAUAAAAAACUUGAAAGUUAAAAGGAAGAUCUUUCUGUAAAAGCUGUAAUUCGAUUUCAAGAAGAAGAAAAAUUUGAGCUUUCUUGUUGCAUUUUUAGUUCCUCAUUUAUCGCCUUUCUGUUUUAUUGAACAUUUUAUUGGAGAAUAGAAACGUUGAAAAAUUGAAACUAUAAAGUUCAACAAAAAAAAAGAAGAAAAAAAACGACGAAAUAAAUGCAGAAGCGUGGGAAAAAACGUGACGUCGACUGAACGACGGCGCGUUUUUGGACCCUUGUGAUAACGAAAAGCGACUGAUCAGUCAUUGUACGUGGCGGAUCGACAAAAAUCGCUUGGAAUCGUUUCGAUCGAUUUAAAUAUGGCGGGAAAAGAUCUGGUUCAAGGCUGGAAAAAUCAAAAUUGUCAAGGGUCAACAAUAUAUUCCUAUUCGCCAAAUAAACUCGAUUGCAGAAAAAAAUUUUCAUUUUUCUGAAACAAAAGGUUCUUCAAGAAAAGGAAGAGGUCGCUUCCAAAUUUUUGAUGUUUCUAUUCCUAAUUUAAUCAUGUUUCACGAGGGUUACAAUGCGGAAGAAAGUCUGUGAACUAUUUACAGCGCUUUUUUAGAGUUUUUUUGUCUCAUCGAAGUAAUUUUGACCUCAUCUUAAGACUGAAACUUCCAUUUUCUGCCAAAGUCCUGACAAGGGAGUAAUUUUACUCAGGCGUCUUAUAUAGAAAAUAAGAAGUUUCCAGGUUGAGAUUUCCAAUUUCUUCCCUGAACAAGAAUUUUUCCUCCUGCGAACUUGUAGACUUGCACUGUUCGAAGGACAAUAGAAUGAGUUUCCGUUUCCAAUGCGUUUUCUACAAUAAGCCUCGCUCGGAAGCUUGGAUUCGGAAAACUUGUCAAACACUCGAGACAUUCCCCAUUCAUACGCGAGAAAACUAUUGCUCCAAUUUCUGAGACGACGAGCCUAAUUACGGACUGAGGGUUCUGGAAAAAGGCGUCCUCGCGACUGGUCCACUUGACCACCUCCAGCGGUCAACCCGUCCCAUCAAAUCGCUCGAAGAAACUCGAGUUACUCUGGUCCAACCCAUCCUUCCACACUGUUUAUCCGCCAAUCCAGCACGUUUUUCCAGCUUUCCUUCGUAUUCAACUCAAUCCCUACACAGUUUCUAUGGAUGAAAAGCUCAGGGUUCGUUUUUUUCAUGGGCUUUUAAAAGUGGAGGUUACUCAAAAGCACUCCUUUCCUCCAGCAAUAGUCUGAAUUCGUUUCUGAAAGAGACUAAACAUUUAAUAAAGGUGUUUUCUGAUUUCCAGGUGACCUCGUUGCGAUUUGUCGCUUAUUCAACAAUAUCGUUCAGUGUCCUCACUGUAUUCUCGGUCCUGAGCCAACUUUCAAUCUGAAAAACAAACAAAUCUUUCAGAUAUGCGUCUCUUUGCCAUUUAUGUACAUGUCUCUGAACAACUUGCGCUCUACUAUGCAAUCUGAAAUCUCCUUUUGCAGGGUAUAAUUUUCUAAAUUUUUUUUCUUACAAUGAGUCAUCCGCCGCGACUAGAAAGAGUCUGGUUUCUUCGUGAUCUCCCAGUACCUUUUCUUAUAUUUGAAAUUUUUUUUCUUACAACCCUCGAGGGAAGAAAAACCGCAGACCAGUCAAAUUGUCUCGAAUCGCCAAAUGAAGUUAUUUCCGAUUUUGAACUUCAGGAAUCGGCAAAAGAGAUCUGGUCGCAGGUUCACUUGACGAAGAGCUUGGCUUUGAACCGUACUGCUCGUCAGGCUUAUUAUCCAGAACCUGAGCCAACGACGACGGUAGAAUACUUCGAGCCGAAAAAACCGGACAAAUGUACGGCUUGCUGUGUACCUGGAGCUCAAGGUCCGCCAGGAGAGCCGGGGAGACCAGGUCGGCCAGGUAAGCCAGGUGUUCCUGGAAUGCCUGGCAACCCUGGAAAGCCGCCAGUUCAACCUUGCGAAACGAUAACACCUCCGCCAUGCUCGCCAUGUCCGGCUGGACCUCCGGGUAAACCCGGACCACAAGGCCCGCCAGGAGACGCGGGCGUUCCAGGACCAACUGGAGAGCCCGGACCUGAUGGCGCUCCUGGAGAGCCUGGACCAGACGGAGCUCCCGGAGAUCCUGGAGCGAUAGGUCCUCCUGGCCCUGACGGCGAACCUGGAGAGCCGGCCAUCUCCUUGCCUCUUGUUCCUGGACCGCCUGGACCACGCGGCGAUGCUGGUCCUCCCGGUCUUCCCGGCGAGCCAGGAGAAAUCGGAGACUACGGUCCUCCUGGAGCGCCUGGACCAAAAGGCUCGCCUGGACAUCCUGGAUUACCUGGCAGUGAUGGAACACCUGGAUCUCCUGGGCCUCAAGGACCACCCGGACUGCCAGGCGAACAAGGAGUUUGUCCAAAGUGAGUUCUUUUUCUGGAAUUUCCGAAAAAAAAACUAUCUUGGCUGGAUAAUUAGUUAAAUUUGAUUUAUUAAGGUACUGCGCAAUCGACGGAGGCGUCUUUUUCGAAGACGGAAGUCGGCGCUAA